CUUGUGUUUUCGUGCACUAAACGAAGGAGCGUUAGUGUGGAUUUCUUCUCAUCGUUUUUGAAAGAAAGCAUGUCCAAUUGAUCUCCACGCCGACCUUUAUAUAACUGUUCAGAGAUGUCCAUGUCACACCUAUAUGGGCGGAGAGAUGAGGAGGAGGAGGGUGUUGAGGUUGAGAGCUUUGAGGUGACAGACUGGGACCUGGCCAACGAGUUCAACCCAGACCGCCACAGACACAGGCAGACCAAGGAACAGGCCACUUACGGCAUCUGGGCUGACAGGGAUUCAGACGAAGAUGAGAGGCCCAGCUUUGGUGGCAAGAGAUCUAAAGACUACACUGUCCCAGUGAACUUUGUGAGUGCUGGUCUGCGAAAGACGGCAGCAGAGGAGAAACAGCUGAAAGGGGAAGGAGGGUCUGAUGACUCUGAUGAUGAUGGUCCUGCAGCUCCUCCACCUUCUCGUGCACCCAAAAAACUCCAAAUGGGUAAUUUCCGUGGGAAUCAGUCACAGAGGUUUGCAGGUGGCAUACAGUCUGGACAUGGCAUUGGCAGCUGGGAGAAACACACUAGGGGAAUUGGGCAGAAACUACUGCAGAAAAUGGGCUACCAACCAGGAAAAGGCCUGGGAAAGAAUGCUCAAGGUAUUGUAAACCCUAUUGAAGCAAAGGUUCGUAAGGGAAAGGGGGCAGUCGGAGCCUAUGGAAAUGAGCGAACCCAGCAGUCUCUCCAAGAUUUUCCUGUGGUGGACUCUGAUGAAGAGGAGGAAAAGGAGUUCCAGAAGGAGCUGGGCCAGUGGCGUAAGGAUCCUGCAGGGUCGGCAGGAAAGAAGAAACCGAAGUACUCCUACAGAACUGCAGAUGAGCUCAGAGCUAAAGGCAAAGUGGCGGGGCGGGCUACAGCGGCAUCUGCUGGGGAGCUGGCACAGGUCAAGGUGAUAGACAUGACUGGAAGAGAGCAGAAGGUGUACUACAGUUACAGUCAGAUAUCCAACAAGCACAGUGUUCCUGAUGAAGGUCCACCAAGCAUGUCUACUCGGGAUCAGAAGGGAUCAUGCUUUGCGCUCCCUGAGCUUGAACAUAACCUUCAGCUGUUGAUAGACCUUACAGAACAGGACAUAUUACAGUCUGCCAGACGUCUGCAGCAUGAAAAAGAUGUUGUUGUUUCUCUGAGCCACGAGUCAAGAGCCUUGCAGAACAGACUGGAUACGGAGCAAGAUGCCAUCCAGAGAAUGGAAGCUGUGCUGGCAUUAGUGGAGCGUUUUCCAUCUGGGGAGACACCACCAGGGGAGGGUCCUACUCUGCAGGAGUGUGCUCGCAUCUUUGAGACCUUGCAAACAGAUUAUUAUGAAGAAUACAAGAUGAUGGGUUUAGCAGACCUUGCUGUAGCUGUUGUUCAUCCGUUACUUAAAGAAAAACUUCAUUUCUGGGACCCCCUGAAGGACAGCUCUUACUGUCUGGAAGAUAUUGGUCAGUGGAGAGCAAUCCUUGAAUCUCGGGAUAUGCACUCCAGUGGCCCAGAUUCAAAUAUGGAUCCUUAUCACAGACUCUUAUGGGAAGUGUGGAUCCCAGUGAUGCGGACUUGCGUGUCAGGCUGGCAGCCUCGUAUGGUCGGGCCGAUGGUGGACUGUGUAGAAGUGUGGGCUCCUCUUUUGCCCCUGUGGAUACUGGAUCACCUGUUGGAGCAGCUGAUCUUACCCAGAUUACAGCGAGAGGUAGAUAACUGGAACCCUUUAACUGACACGGUGCCUAUCCACUCCUGGAUCCACCCUUGGCUGCCUCUGCUCCAGUCACGUCUAGAGCCUCUUUAUCCGCCAAUUAGGAGCAAACUGUCCAACGCCUUGCAGCGCUGGCAUCCCAGCGAUGCCUCAGCUCGCCUCAUCCUACAGCCGUGGAAAGAUGUAUUCACACCAGGUGCAUGGGAGGCCUUCAUGGUGAAAAACAUCAUCCCUAAACUAGCUUUGUGUCUGGAAGAGCUGGUUAUCAACCCUCACCAGCAGCAGAUGGAGCCAUUUCACUGGGUCUUGGACUGGGAGGGCAUGCUGUCCCCCUCUAGCCUCGUGUCACUGCUUGACAAAAACUUUUUCACGAAAUGGUUACAGGUCCUGUGUUCAUGGCUGAGCAACAGUCCCAACUAUGAGGAAAUCACAAAGUGGUACCUCGGCUGGAAAAGCAUGUUUAGUGACGUCUUGUUGGCCCAGCCCCUCAUUAAAGAGAAAUUCAAUGAGGCUUUGGACAUCAUGAACCGUGCGGUCUCCUCAGGCAUAGGCGGUUAUAUGCAACCUGGAGCGAGGGAGAACAUUGCAUAUCUCACACAGACAGAGAGACGCAAGGACUUCCAGUAUGAAGCCAUGCAGGAGCGCAGGGACGCCGAGAGCGUGGCCCACAGAGGGAUCAGCGCCGGUGUGCCGACUAACUUUAAGGAUCUCAUCCAGGCCAAGGCAGAGGAGAACAACAUCGUUUUCAUGCCCUUAGUGGCUAAACGACAUGAGGGAAAACAGCUGUACACAUUUGGGCGUAUUGUUAUCUACAUAGAUCGAGGGGUGGUGUUUGUGCAAGGAGAGAAGACUUGGGUACCCACAUCUCUGCAGAGUCUGAUCGAUAUGGCAAAAUGAGCGUGGACUGACAUAUUUAGGUCUGACAACUAUAAGGAAAACAGGAAAUAUCUUUUGUUUUUAAGUAACUUCUCUAACAUAUGUCUCUUUCUCUAAGAGGUCAGAAUUGUGAAUAAAUAACUUUUGAAUGCA